AUGUCCUUCCGCGACAAUGUCGAGCCUGUUCAUCCCCAGAUCAGCAGAAGGUUUAGUACGGCCAUUAAGCAGCGUGUCCAGGUCAUUCAGGCCGAGAUUCAGAAAUACACUUCCAGGAAGGUGCGACAGACGCCGUUGUAUUCAGCCGAGACUCCUUUCAAGGGUGACUUCCAUCGCCUAGCUCGUCGUCUCCUCGGCAAGUCUGUUGGCCUUGUGCUUGGUGGAGGUGGCGCCAGAGGCAUUGCUCAUGUGGGUAUCAUCAAAGCUAUGGAAGAAGCUGGCAUUCCUAUCGAUAUUGUUGGAGGCACAUCGAUCGGUUCCUUUAUUGGUGCGCUCUAUGCAUGGGAUGCCGAUGUGGUCCCUAUGUAUGGUCGAGCCAAGAAGUUCUCGGGAAGAAUGGGCAGUAUGUGGCGAUUUGCUCUGGAUCUGACCUAUCCGUCGUAA